UUUUUACUGCAGUCGCUAGGAUCGCUUUUGUUGUCCGCAAAACUGGUCAAUGUGUGCCUGUCUGGACUAUGACGAAAUCGAGAAACGUGAUAAUGUAAACUAAGGGUAGUUUGUAAAUUGUGUUGUUAAUUUUAAUCUUAAACCUUUUUCAAAACUAGCCUUGAAUAAUAUCAAAGCAAAGUCAAGACUUAGGAUAGAAAGCGUACACUUGUUAUUUUUAAAUCAUGCAAGAGAUUAAUUUGAACCAAGAAUCUUUGUAAACUGUAAUGAAAAAAUUAUAAUUGUAAUACUAAUAAUAUGUAACAGCAACAGUAGCAUUUUAAAUACGGUUAGGCUUCGGACUACUGUGGUAUUUUUGAGGCAAGAAGGUUUACUGUAAAACUAAUUUUAAAAAAGUGUGGAAAUGACAGCUCAGAUGAUGCAGUUUGUCACUGGCCUAAGGAGCCGAAAUGAAGAAACGCGUCAGAAAGCAGCACGGGAGCUCCAACACCAUGUCACUACAGAGUUAAUGGAAAUGUGUGUAGAAGAUGUACAGGGUUUUAUGGAUUUCUUCAAUCAUCACAUUUUUGAAAUGGUUUCAAGCAGUGACAGUAAUGACAAAAAAGGAGGAAUUCUGGCUAUUGUCAGUCUUUUGGGAGUCAAUGUUGGAAACACAAGUACUCGCAUUAGCCGUUUUGCCAAUUAUUUACGAAACUUGCUCCCAUCUAAUGACAUUGGAGUAAUGGAGUUGGCAGCCUAUGCUGUAGGGAGAUUGGCUCUUUCAAGUGGAACGUACACUGCAGAGUAUGUGGAAUUUCAAGUAAAGAGGGCUUUUGAGUGGUUAGCAGGAGAAAGACAUGAAGGCAAGAGACAUGCAGCAGUGUUGAUACUAAAAGAGUUGGCUGUUUCUACACCUACACUAUUUUUCCAACAAGUUCAGCAAUUCUUUGAUUGCAUCUUUAAUGCUGUUAGGGAUCCUAAGUGUGUUAUCCGAGAGGGAGCAGUGUUAGCACUGAGAGCAGCUCUUAUGGUGACAGCUCAACGUGAAACCAAAGAAACUCAGAAUCCAUUCUGGUAUAAGCAAUGUUACGAGGAGGCAGAAAAAGGAUUUGAAGAGCUUUCUGUCCGAGAAAAAGGAGUUAACAGGGAUGAUAGAGUUCAUGGUUCACUCUUGAUUAUUAAUGAACUUCUGCGAUGCAGUAAUAUUGAAGGAGAGCGUGUUCGACAAGACUUGGAAAAACUCUUCCAACAACAGGCUACACAUGAAGCACAUUCACAUCGAUACCAACUUUUGAAAGAUCUUGGUUCAGGAUCUUUAACACGUAGCUUUCGAGCACUCCAUCAACUUCAUCACCAUCAGCAUCUGACUCCUCAAAGAAAUAUUGGGCUUUCAGCUGUUAUUCAGUAUCACAAAGCUGCUGGUAUUUUUCCAGGAACUACCUCACACAGUCACAUUUUACCACUGUAUGAAAGCAGUAUCUGUAAAAUGUUGAUGGUGGAAAAGUUUGACCAAAUUCCAUUUUAUCAUUUCAGCUAUCUAAAUGAGACAAUGAGUUACUUCCUGCAUUGUUUGAGGCGUGAGCGCGAGCGCUAUAGUGCCUUUAUAGCUAUUGGACUAUUAGCUGUUGCAGUUGGAGAAUCUAUUAAACCCCACAUACCUAAGAUAAUGGACUGUAUAAGAAUGUCUCUUCCCUUGAAAGAUGCAUCAUCCAAAAAGAAAAUGCCUACCGCUGAUCCAGCAGUUUUCAUCUGUAUCAGCAUGCUGGCCCAAGCAGUUGGUCUAACUGUAAAAAAUGAUAUCAAAGACCUCUUGGAACCUAUGAUGUCAGGAGGCCUAAGCCCUGCUUUAACUGCAGCUCUCCAUGAAUUAGCUAGACGAAUCCCACAACUGAAGAAAGACAUUCAAGAUGGUUUGUUGAAAAUGCUUUGUAAUGUUUUAAUCAAACAGCCACAACGAAGCCAAACUGCAACUAAAAUCCCAACUUCAACCUCACUUUCAGGAUCUUUGAUUAGUCCAACAGAGUCUACUGAUGUUGCAAGUACUACCUUAGCUCUAAGAACACUUGGAAGUUUUGAUUUUCAAGGUCGUUCAUUGAUGCAACAUGUCAGGCAUUGUGCUGAAUGUUACCUUGCAAGUGAACACAAAGAUAUAAGGCUUGAAGCUGUAAGGACCUGCUGCAGAUUACUCUCUCCAGCUCUUCGGAAUAUGAAAGAAAAUGGGAGAUACAGUGCAACACUAAUGCAUACUGUUCAGGAUGUUCUUACCAAGCUUUUGGUUGUAGGAGUGACAGAUGCAGAUCCUGAUGUGAGAUAUUGUGUUCUUGCAUCUUUGGAUGAAAGAUUUGAUGGACAUCUUGCUCAAGCAGAAAAUUUGAAUGCUCUGUUUGUCUGUUUGAAUGAUGAGGUAUUUGAAAUACGAGAACUUGCAUUAUGCACUAUAGGAAGACUGAGGGACAUUAAUCCAGCUUAUGUUAUGCCUUCCCUUCGGAAAGUUCUUAUUCAGAUCCUUACAGAAUUGGAACAUUCAGGUGUGGGACGUAACAAAGAACAAAGUGCCAAGAUGUUAGGACAUUUGGUGGCUAAUGCACCUCGUCUUAUAAGACCAUACAUGGAACCUGUUUUAAAGGUACUUAUCCCAAAACUAAAAGACCAGGAUCCAAACCCAGGUGUAGUGAUCAAUGUACUGGCAGCUAUUGGAGAACAAGCACAGGUGAGCGGAACAGAGAUGCGGAAGUGGUUGGAUGAAUUAAUGCCAAUCAUCUUGGACAUGCUACAAGAUUCAUCUUCUUUGGCCAAACGAGAGGUUGGAUUGUGGACACUUGGAAGGUUGGUAGAAAGUACUGGCUAUGUGGUUGAGCCCUAUGGCAAAUUUCCAUCUCUCCUAGAUGUUCUGUUGAAUUUCCUGAAAACUGAACAGACUAGUGGAAUAAGACGUGAGGCUAUUAGAGUUUUGGGCCUCUUGGGAGCACUGGAUCCUUACAAACACAAAGUGAACCUAGGACUCAUUGACCAUUCGGGAGAGUCUGGGGCUGUACUCAGUAUGAGUGAUUCUUCACAAGAUAGUCAAGAACUUACAGCCAGUGAAAUGCUAGUGAAUAUGUCAAGUUCUCUGGAUGAGUUCUACCCAGCAAUUACUAUAGCCACAUUGAUGCGAAUUAUUCGUGAUUCUUCCCUAUUUCAACAUCACACUAUGGUAGUUCAUGCUGUAACCUUCAUUUUUAAAAGUCUUGGAAUACGCUGUGUGCCAUAUGUCCCACAGGUCAUGCCGUCAUUUAUCAACUUCAUUCGCACAUCUGAUGGAACAAUCAGAGAAUUUCUGUUUCAACAAUUAGGACAAAUGAUAGCCUUUGUCAAGCAACACAUCAGAAAUUAUUUGGAUGACAUCUUUGAUCUCAUAAAAGAGUUUUGGACAACAAACAGCACAAUGCAGAAUACAAUUAUUUUACUGGUGGAGCAAAUUGUACUAGCCCUAGGAGCAGAAUUCAAGAUCUAUCUCCCACAGCUUAUCCCACAUUUUCUGAGAGUGCUCAUGCAUGACGUUUCAAACCACAGGAUUGUUACAGAAAAACUUCUAAUAGCUUUGCAAAACUUUGGGUCAAAUUUAGAUGACUACCUACACCUCAUUUUACCUCCAAUAGUCAAAUUGUUUGAUUCUACUGAUGCUCCUAUGAAUGUUCGCAAGUGA